GUGACUCCACUCAUUCACGGGAUCUACAGGCACAUGCAAAUCCCUGCCAAAGGGAAGCAAAGUCUGGAGUUUAACGACACCAAAUGACGAGAAAAUACCUUGUUGAACACUUGUGUGCGAGUAACAACCCUCAAGUGUUUACAUGUAUAAUGCAGUGCGUUUAGCUAUUAUAUAACGGUAAGUCGAGUAAAAGUGGACUUUAAGUUAGUUGUUGAAGUGUCCGGACAGGAGCGAGUGAACCAGCGACCGAUCGUGGACCCGCGUUUAUGCCAACAACCCUACAGCGAGAACGAGUGCCUGAAACUAUCUUCAAGGUUCUGGUGUGUCGGUCCAAACGCUCCAGUCCUCCCAACCUACUAAACCACAGCAUCGACAGGGCCUCUGCAUUCCCAGAAACUGAGCUCCACGCCACUCAGAAAAGGGUCUGGAAACUUGAGAACGAAAAACGGAAAGCGAUUCGUACGGCAAAAUUGAAUUUCCAGUUCUCCCUAGCUUUCACAUCCACAGCCAGACAGAGAGCUGAAUGACAUGGCCAGUUGAGUUUCAUGACGUGAUUGUUGGAGGGAUACAGAUAUCUGGUUGCUUGUGGUUCCCUCAGACGUCUGGCUGACACCCCCUGCUGAAGACAUCUUUGCCAAAACAGAAUUGUGGGAUAGGUUCGUGCAGUGGUUGUGCCUCUGUAUGGAGGUGUAAGGGAAGAGCAGGACUCUUGAGGGACUUGAGGGUGGAGUUCCGGCUAGUAGGAGAUCAUGGGAAAAGAGCAGGAUCUUCUGCACGCGGUCAAGCAUGGAGAUCUCGCCACAACGCAGAAGCUUCUGGCCAAGGUCAAAGCUAGCAAAAGCAAGUUACUGGGCUCCACCAAGAGGCUGAACAUUAACUAUCAGGAUCCAGAUGGGUUUUCAGCGCUGCAUCAUGCCGCUCUCACAGGCACCACGGAGUUGCUCUCGCUGCUGUUGGAGGCUCAAGCCGUCGUAGACAUCAAGGACAGUAAUGGUAUGCGGCCGCUGCAUUAUGCAGCGUGGCAGGGCAAAGCCGACUCGGUGCUGAUGCUGCUGCGAGCGGGGGCGGCCGUCAACGGGGCAUCUCACGACGGCCAGAUUCCAUUGCACCUGGCCGCUCAAUACGGACACUAUGAGGUGUCGGAGAUGUUGUUACAGCACCAGUCGAACCCAUGUGUGCUGAAUAAAGGGAAGAAGACUCCUCUGGAUCUGGCCUGCGAGUUCGGCCGAGUGAAGGUGGCGCAGCUGUUGUUGAACAGUAAUAUGGUCGCAUCCCUUUUGGAGGGGGAUCAGAAAGACGCAUCAGACUCGAACUGUAACACUCCUCUACACCUCGCUGCACGCAACGGACACAAAGACAUCAUCCGGCUUCUUCUGAAAGCAGGUAUUGACAUCAACAGAAGCACUAAAGCUGGCACAGCGCUCCAUGAGGCCGCCCUCUAUGGGAAGACGGAGGUAGUGCGGCUUCUCCUUGAUGCUGGUAUAGAUGUGACCGUCCGUAACACUUACAAUCAAACAGCUCUGGACAUUGUCAACCAGUUUACCGCAUGCCACGCCAGCAAAGAUAUCAAACAGCUCUUACGAGAGGCUACAGGAGUUCUUCAGGUCCGAGCUCUGAAAGACUUCUGGAACCUUCACGACCCUACGGCCCUGACCAUACGAGCUGGAGACGUCAUAACGGUCAUAGAACAGCACGUGGAUGGACGCUGGAAGGGUCACAUCCAUGACACUCUGAGAGGAACAGAUCGAGUCGGUUACUUCCCACCAUCCAUAGUGGAGGUCAUCAGUCGACGCUCAGGGGGCACCCUGUUACGACACGCCUCUCUGCCCUCCCAAAGACAGCAGCUCUCCAGAUGCGCUCUUGGCCCCAGCUUGAGUGUGAGCGGGGGCGGUGCGCCUCAAACCGACGACUCCUACACUCUAUACACCCCUAACCCUCACCUGGUACUCCCCCACACCAAUGGUCUGAGCACUAACACAGGUGGGUCUCCAAGAAGCCUCUCCCAGCACAUAACCCCCAGCAUGGAUGACGUCUGGGUUUUGAGGAACGCCCGUGCUGCUGGAGACAGGAACAGCGUGGGCAGUACCGGCAGUGUGGGCAGCACCCGCAGUGCAGGCAGCGGACAGAGCACAGAGAGCAACAGCGCCCCCAAUGGACCACACCAACACAACACUCCUCCUGACACCAGCAAGAUAACCACGACGGCACCUUCUGUUGUGGAUGUACCACAACCAGACCACAACAAACACGUGGACACAGCCGCAGGUGUUCCUCGCAGGCCUGUGCCGGCCACACAGAGGCCGGGUGAGCAGGGUUUCUCGCAACAGUUUGUGCGUCCUCAACAGCUGCUGGAGGGCAAGGAUGCUGAGGCGAUCUAUCAGUGGCUGAGUGAGUUUCAGCUGGAGCAAUACACUGCUAACUUCCUUAAUGCUGGCUAUGAUGUGCCCACAAUCAGCAGAAUGACCCCAGAGGAUCUCACAGCUAUCGGGGUGACUAAACCAGGCCACCGUAAGAAGAUUUCCCUGGAAAUCGGAAACCUCAGCAUUCCAGAAUGGCUGCCAGAGUACAUACCACAGGAUCUUGGGGAGUGGUUAAGUGCAAUAGGUAUGCCUCAGUAUCAUAAGAAACUCACAGAGAAUGGCUAUGACUCGAUAAACAUCGUCCGAGAUCUCACGUGGGAGGACCUGCAGGAGAUUGGCAUCACCCAACUAGGCCAUCAGAAGAAAAUGAUGCUGGCCGUAAAAAAGUUGUGUGAUAUACAUAAAGCUCUUCUGCAGUCCGAGUUGGGGCAGGGCACACUGCGGCGCAAAACCCCCGCAGCCCUGGACCUGCUCACCAUCGAGCCGCCACCUGAAAGCGGCGACCUCCCCUCGCCCCACACGCCCAAAAUGCUCACUUUCCAAGACAGCGAGCUGAGCACUGAACUACAGAGCGCCAUGGCCACCCACUACGGUGGUUGUCAGGAUGGUCUGGCUAUCAAGAACGCAGUAAGUAUGUCCGUCAGCGAUGAGAGCAUUGACGCUCGCUCCCGAGGCUCCGGACGUUCCCAGGAGACCCCCAACACUCCCUCCUCCUCUUCUUCGGCUGCCACUCCUUACAGCCGCUCCCGUGAGAGCUUAACAGGCACGGACAGCAGUCCUGCUAAGGAGCGGAACAUUCCAGAGGGCCGCGACCAGGUUCCGCGCCCUCAGCAGCUGCUGCUUGGCGUGUCCACGGGCUUUAAAUACCCUGCGGUGCCUGCCAAACCCAAACUGGGCUCUGCUCCCUCUCUGCAGAGUUCCCCGGCUCAAAAAGCCCUCAAUUAUCCGCGUGUGCAUUGGAACAGUGCCACGCUUGACCGUCAAGUCAAGAACCGCACACAGAGUCUGACUCGCUACGCUUUGUCGGACGGAGAACCGGAUGAUGAUGAUGAUGACGAGGCGAUUCAUCUAGCUAGUGUCGCCAUGCCUUCGUAUGCCACGCUGAGCAGGAAGGCCGCUCGCGGCCAGCUGGCGCGACUUCAGUCUGCCUCUGAGCAGUCCGUCAGCCGGAGUCAGUCGUUCGCUAUUAGGGCUCGCCGGAAAGGUCCUCCACCCCCGCCACCUAAACGACUCAGCUCUGUCAGCAGCAGCAAUGCUAGUGGAGAAACUGUUUCGGACGUGCCAGCGCCACCUAUUGGAAGAGUUGAGAAUAGUAGCCUGAAGACCAUCGCAGCUGCAUUAGAAAUGGUUUUACCUACCUCCACCCCAGAGCUCUCUCAAGAGAACACUACCGCUUCCUCCAUCUCUUCCGAAGGGACCAGAAGACGAGCUCUUAGUCAGAGCGAGUCCAACCAAGCCCUCCAACCAAACAGAGAGACGGACAAAGCAACAAAGUUGGAUUCAGAAGGAGACAACGGGAAUAAGGAUAAAGGCUUGGAGAGCUCAUCCUCACCUCAGAACAGCUCCAGCGAUUGUAUCCCGUUUGCAGAGGAAGGAAACCUCACUAUCAAGCAAAGACCUAAAAUUGGCGGACCCCUGAAGACUGAGAACAGCACACAAUCUCCCGAAAAACCCAAACCGAAAACUCCUGAAGUUCCAGAGUUUAACCUGAAAGAGUCAGACACGGUGAAGAGACGUCAGAAGCCAAAGGAGCAGCCCAACUCAGCAUCCGUCAGCAGUGCAGACAGCUCGCUGGUCUCAGAGCAAAUACAGACUCAGGACACAGUGAAACUCCGAAUCAGUGAAACAGAAAUGAGUCUGCCCUGUCUGGGGCCUUCAGCCAAACAACUGAAAGCACCUCCACCUCUUGCCCCCAAACCUCCCAGUCCCCUGAAUCCAACCCGGCACACCUCAGUGAAUCCUCAACCUGCCGCUACAGCAGUCGGCUCCAGCGUGACUCUGAAUGUUGUGCAGAGCGUCGCAUUUGCAGCGCCUCAGUCUCCCGUCCCGUAUCCUCCACCAGCAGAGAGCACAGGUCAGUGUGUGAGAUCUGUGGAGGCGUCUCAGGGCUCGACGCUGGUCCAGCAGAGACUGGACAAGACCAGCUCAACUCUGGAGGAAGCUCUGAGGGCCGUGGAGAGAAAACUCACUCUGGAGCACAACACUGACGGUGUUUCUCAUGUUGUGAAGUCUGCAGGGAACAUUCUGGAUGACAUUGGGAACAUGUUUGAUGAUCUAGCCGAUCAGUUGGACGCUAUGCUGGAUUAAAGGAUCUGGGCGUUGUUUUGGGAUCCACAGAGGUUCUUCUGCCUUUUAUUACAAAGUGCUGAACUCACGAGCCUUAAGACUGGACACCUCCACCGGACUUCAUUUAUAAGGACCAACAGCUGUUUCAUUUCAGUCUAGAUUUACUUGUUAAUCUACUUUUCCACUCUUCUAUUUCAAUGUUUAUUCAGUCGUAUAUAUAUAUAUAUAUAUGUUUGUUUAUGUCCUGUCAUUGUUGGUCUUUCUGGGGCUAAACUGUGGACUUGACUGAGCACAGAUGUGGCCAGUGGACCCAGAUGAAGAGAUGCACUUAGGAGAAUCAUUCCUAAAGCCAUUUCAAAACGCCACUGUUCAAAACAGAAAGAUUAAAACACAUUUCAGCUCUAAAAACAGGAGCAUUCUCCAUUUGGGCUGAAUUUCAUCAGCCUUCAGGUGCUAAUACUUUUAUAUGAGAUAGAUAUUAUCCCUCAAUGAAAUUUCAGAUUUGCAGGUGGAAAAACAUGACUGACA